CGCCGCGUCCCCCACCACCUUCCACUUCGCGGGAGAAGUUGUUGGCGCGAAUGGAUCCCGAGUCCCGGUAACGGAUUCCCCAGCCCACCGGCCUGCCCGCCCGCGCCGUAGUCCGUGGGCUGCGAUGGAUAUUCGGAAAUUCUUUGGGGUUAUACCAAGUGGAAAGAAACUUGUGACUGACACAGUGAAGAAGAAUGAGAAGACAAAGUCUGCUGAAGAAACUUUAAAAGCAAAGAAAGGAAUAAAGGAAAUCAAGGUAAAUAGUUCUUGUAAAGAAGAUGACUCUAAACAGAAGCAACCAAACAAGAAAAAGAGGAUCAUCUAUGAUUCAGAUUCAGAAUCCGAGGAGACAGUGCAGGUAAAAAAUGCCAAAAAGCAACCAGAAAAACCUAAACCUGGUAAAAUUCUACGCCAGGAUCCUGUUACAUACAUUUCAGAAACAGAUGAAGAAGAUGACUUUAUGUGUAAGAAGGCAGCCUCUAAAUCAAAAGAGAAUGGAAGAUCUACAAAUAGUUAUCUUGGAGCAUCGAAUAAGAAAAAGAAUGAAGAAAACACUAAGACCAAGAAUAAGCCUUUAUCACCAAUAAAACUUACCCCCACAUCAGUGCUUGAUUAUUUUGGAACCGGAAGUGUCCAACGAUCAGAUAAGAAGAUGGUAGCAAGCAAAAGAAAAGAGCCUUCACAAAAUGUGGAUGAUUCCAGAUUAAAUGAUGAAGCCAUCGCCAAGCAAUUGCAACUUGAUGAGGAUGCAGAGCUGGAGCGACAGCUGCACGAAGAUGAAGAGUUUGCCAGAACGUUAGCCAUGUUGGAUGAAGAACCAAAGACCAAAAAGGCUCGAAAGGACCCAGAAGAAAGAGAAACAUUGUCAUCUGUCCAAGCCAAUUUAAGUAAAGCAGAAAAACAUAAAUCUCCUCAUAAAGCAAAAACAGAACAAUUUUCAGAUGACAGAAAGAACUGUAGUCCUAAGAAGCAAAGUAAAUGUGAAAGUUUGAAAGGAUCUCAGCAACAUUUGAAGUCCUCACCUCAGAAAAUAGGGGAGACUUCUCCAAAAGCCAGUUCCAAGUUGGCCCUUUUGAAAAAAAAAGGAGAGAGUUCUUAUAAAGAAACAGAGCCUAUGGCUUCAAAAAGAAAAGAAAAUGCCAUUGAAUUGAAAGGACAGACAAAAACUCCUAAGAAAUCCAAAAGUUCUCCAGCUAAAAAAGAGUCUAUAAGUCCUGAAGAUUCUGAAAAGAGACGCACUAAUUAUCAAGCUUAUCGAAGCUACUUAAAUCGAGAAGGUCCCAAAGCUUUGGGCUCCAAAGAAAUACCAAAGGGAGCUGAAAAUUGCUUGGAAGGCCUUACAUUUGUAAUCACAGGAGUGCUGGAGUCCAUUGAACGAGAUGAGGCCAAGUCUUUAAUUGAGCGUUACGGGGGAAAAGUAACAGGAAAUGUCAGUAAGAAAACAAACUACCUUGUCAUGGGUCGUGAUAGUGGACAGUCCAAGAGUGAUAAGGCAGCAGCUUUGGGGACAAAUAUUAUUGAUGAAGAUGGCCUAUUGAAUCUGAUUCGAACUAUGCCAGGCAAGAAGUCCAAGUAUGAAAUUGCAGUUGAAGCUGAGAUGAAGAAAGAAAAGUGCAAAUUGGAAAGAACACCCCAAAAAAAUGACCAAGGAAAAAGAAAAAUUAGCCCAACUAAGAAGGAAUCAGAAUCUAAAAAAAGCAGACUGACUCCCAAAAGGGGCAGCUCUAUGAAGUCAAUAAAAAAGGAAACAAGUGCGAUUUGGAGAUCCCUGGACUUCGAGGAGCAGGUGGCUGAGGAGACAAAUGUGGACAGCCGGGCUAGGAAUUUGGCUGAUGACUGCAGUGAAAACAAAGUGGAAAAUUUGCUCUGGGUGGAUAAAUAUAAGCCAACCUCACUCAAGACCAUAAUCGGACAGCAAGGUGACCAGAGCUGUGCCAACAAACUCCUACGCUGGCUCCAAAACUGGCACAAGAGUCCAUCUGAAGAUAAGAAACGCGCAAAGUUUGGUAAGUUUGCUGGCAAAGAUGAUGGCUCUAGUUUCAAAGCGGCACUGCUCUCUGGCCCUCCAGGUGUGGGGAAGACAACCACAGCGUCUCUGGUUUGUCAGGAAUUAGGAUAUAGCUACGUGGAACUGAAUGCAAGUGACACUCGGAGUAAGAACAGUUUGAAGGAGAUUAUUGCUGAAUCACUGAAUAAUACCAGCAUCACGGGCUUUUAUUCAAGUGGAGGUGCCCAUUCAGUAAGCAUGAAACAUGCUGUCAUCAUGGAUGAAGUAGAUGGCAUGGCAGGCAAUGAGGACAGGGGAGGAAUUCAGGAAUUAAUUGGUUUGAUAAAACAUACAAAAAUUCCCAUUAUUUGUAUGUGCAAUGAUAGAAAUCAUCCCAAGAUUCGUUCUUUGGUUCAUUAUUGUUUUGAUCUUCGUUUUCAAAGACCUCGAGUUGAACAGAUUAAGGGUGCUAUGAUGUCUAUUGCAUUUAAAGAGGGUUUAAAGAUCCCCCCUCCAGCUAUGAAUGAAAUAAUUUUGGGAGCCAAUCAAGAUAUCAGACAGGUUUUACACAAUCUGAGUAUGUGGUGUGCACGAAGUAAGGCACUAACCUAUGACCAGGCCAAGGCUGAUUCUCAUAGAGCGAAAAAGGAUAUCAAACUGGGCCCAUUUGAUGUUGCCCGGAAAGUGUUUGCAGCUGGAGAGGAGACUGCUCAUAUGUCGCUUAUGGACAAGUCAGAUCUCUUUUUUCAUGAUUAUUCAAUAGCACCCCUCUUUGUCCAGGAGAACUACGUACAUGUGAAGCCUGUAGCUGCAGGGGGUGACAUGAAAAAGCACUUGAUGCUUUUAAGCAGAGCAGCAGAUAGCAUAUGUGAUGGUGACCUAGUGGACCGUCAGAUCCGGAGUAAGCAAAACUGGAGUCUUCUGCCCACGCAGGCCAUUUAUGCCAGUGUUCUUCCUGGAGAGUUAAUGAGGGGGUAUAUGACCCAGUUUCCUACCUUCCCAAGCUGGUUGGGGAAGCACUCAUCUGCCGGCAAACACGAUCGUAUUGUACAGGACCUAGCACAGCACAUGGGUCUCAGAACUUAUUCCAGCAAAAGGACUGUAAACAUGGAUUAUCUGUCACAUAUAAGGGAUGCACUUGUACAGCCCUUGAUCUCCCAAGGGGUAGAAGGAGUACAGGAUGUUAUUGCUCUUAUGGACACAUACUACUUGAUGAAAGAAGACUUUGAGAAUAUCAUGGAAAUUAGCAGCUGGGGAGGCAAACCUAGUCUCUUCUCCAAGUUGGAUCCCAAGGUGAAAGCAGCGUUCACAAGAACCUACAAUAAGGAAGUCCACCUGACUCCAUAUUCACUCCAGGCAGUGAAGACACCCAGACACAGCACAGGCGCAUCACUGGAUUCUGAAUACAGUGAAGAGUUAAAUGAAGAUGACUCUCAAGCUGAUGAGAAAGACCAAGAUUCUAUGGAAACUGAUGCAAUGAUCAAGAAAAAGACAAAAUCUUCAAAGCCUUCAAAAUCAGAAAAAGAUAAGGAGUCCAGAAAAGGAAAAGGAAAAAGUUCAAAGAAAUGAAACUGUUUUUCACUACUGACAGCCACUUUUUACUCACCCUGUUGACCAGUCUAGCUUGUCUAGAGAAUGCCUUGUUUUUUUCCCCAAAGGAACCAUAUUUUAGCAUAAUGGGGCAACUUGGUGGUCCCAUUACAAAUAAAUGGUGGUACUGCUAGAAGGAUGUAACCAGUAGGCUAACAUACACCUCUUAUAGAGGUUGAUAGGACUGCUUGGGCCCUCCACUGUCCCCUGUCAACUAUAUGUGGGCUUUGGAGUCAGAUUUUAGUUAACAAUAAUAUGCCUGGAAACAUUGGUACUAAGGCAACUUUUGUAGGCUUAAGAAUUUAUCCUAAUGGCCUUUAUAGGACCAAUGCUGAUUUUUUUUUAAAAAAGGUAGUUACUAUUAUGUGGUGAAAUUUUGUAAAUAAAUCGUAAUACAAAACAGUCACCACCUAGAACUGGGUAUUCUUUGUACAUUGUCAAAUAUCUUACAGAAUAUAAAUGAGAAAUAAAAAUGUUCCACCUGA